AUCAUGAGUGGUCGUGGCAAAACCGGCGGGAAGGCCAGAGCUAAGGCCAAGAGCCGCUCCUCUCGUGCCGGACUGCAGUUCCCCGUGGGCCGUGUCCACAGGCUGCUCCGUAAAGGGAACUAUGCCCAGCGGGUGGGUGCCGGAGCCCCCGUGUAUCUGGCGGCUGUGCUGGAGUAUCUGACCGCUGAGAUCCUGGAGUUGGCAGGAAACGCCGCCCGCGACAACAAGAAGACCCGCAUCAUCCCCCGUCACCUGCAGCUGGCUGUCCGCAACGACGAGGAGCUCAACAAACUGUUGGGAGGAGUGACCAUCGCCCAGGGAGGAGUUCUGCCCAACAUCCAGGCGGUUCUGCUGCCCAAGAAGACCGAGAAGGCCGGAAAGGCCAAGUAAAUGUCAAUACGGACCGGCUGACCCAAAACGGCUCUUAUAAGAGCCACACACCCCACAGAAAGAACACAACUUUCAAAGUGGGAACUUGUCAGAUGAAACAAUCCAGAUUCUGAAUCGCAAGUGUAAUUUAUUGUAUAAAACUAGAUCAAUUAUGAACUAAAUAUUAAUAUAGUGUUAGUAUUUUAUAUGAAGGCAAACAAAGUUUAAUUUACAUACAAGAAACCUCCAGAAUUAAACUGGUAAACUGAUUUUAAUGGUCUCUAAUCAUUAUUGUAACUGAACAAUUUAC